CGUGGUAGCUUAGAGCACGCCACAUCAUACUGUCGUUUAGCCGGAUGAGAUUGUUCCACCACACCAAGGUAAAACUAGUUUCAUACUGGAUAUUAGGUGAUCUAUCUGUUGAACCAAUCAUGCCAUGAAUAUAACAUGUAUGUUAUGUGAAUCAGAGGAGGAUGAAGAAAAAUCCACAUCUUUUGUUUUGUUGGAAUUUAAAUGUUCUGAUUCGGAAUAUAUAAUUAUCAUAGUCAUGGCAUGAUUUGUUUUAAGAGCGAUGGAAAUCCGAAAUCGUAUUUUAUUUUAUAAAACAAUUAAUAAAUAAACAUGGUUUGUUCUCCAUCCAAACCUGAUUCAGAAUAUAUAAUUGUCAUAAUCGUGUUAUGCUUGGUUCAAGAGCUAUUGAGGAGAAAACCGAAUCCAUCGAAUAUCCAGUAUACAACUACGUUUACCUUGAUCAGGAAGCGCACUUUGCCGUGUCGUGCGAUGCCCAUAGACUAUCACACAGAGCCUCCUUAUUGCAUCAGGCAUCGUCCACUCGGCAGAGAGAGAGAAAGGACAGCUAGACUACAUGUCAUGGACUGGUGGACUACCCUGGCUGCGAGUAUAGCCUUCCUCUGGCUGCUGUGUUAUAUCGACGGUAAGAGAAUCUGGUUAGCAGAGGUAUGGAAGCUUUCUUCGUCAAGGGAACGGUGCGGUACUGGCACGCGCACCGGUCUUCCUCCUAAUUGCGGCAACGCCGUCCUGGAGCUGCGGCUCCUCCUCCACGCCCUCACCAAAGCAGCGUGCCACCUGUACCUGGCCGUGCUCCCACUGCGGCGAGCCGCACUGCACCUUGCCCGCUUCGUCUGUCACCUGGUAAACCAUGGCCCCGCCUCCGCGGGCCGGGCGUCUCCGCUUCUCCUCGAGGGGGUGUGUGUGAUAUGUGAAGCGGUACCGGACCUGUUGGGUGCCGGGCUCAGUCUGUGUGCAGUAGUCUGUCACAUCCUACAGGGGGCGCUGUUCCUGCUGGCUGCCACGGUGAGGUCGGUCCAGGUGAGUGUUCUGGCCCAGGUGGACGGGGAGAAGGAGAGGUGGGAGAAGGAGCAGCACCAGACACGGCUGGACGAGAGGAGACAGAACUCCAGGGUGGUGGAAUACCUUUCUGUGUUCUGUCAAGACCCCAUCAGUUCGCUACGACUCAAAGUGGACAUGGUCAAUAGAUAACAUCACUGUCUGUCUGUCUGUCUGUCUGUCUGUCUGUCUGUCUGUGACCAGCCACCCGGACAGCUGACCAACUGAGGAAUAUUUAUGUCUGUAAUAAAGCCCUUUUGUGUGGAAAAACUAAUUCAGAUUGGUUCGACCUGGCUCCCCAGUGGGUGGGCCAAUGCCCUCCCAGCCUGAGCCCCUGCCCCAUUCAUGUGAAAUCCAUAGAUUAUGGCCUCAUUAAUUUAUUUCAAUUGACUGAUUUCCUUCUGUGAUCUGUAACUCAGUUAAAUCGUUGAAAUUGUUGCGUUUAUAUUUUUUGUUCAGUAUAUAAGGUAGGUUCUAAUAUAGCUGCAUCGUUUCCAGAUUAAAUAUAAUGGUCUAUUCUAAGCAUUAAAGGUUAAGAGUAGAUGCACAUUGUUUCCAGAGAAACGUGAUAUAUUCUGGAGUGUCUAGAAGGGUGACCAAUGAAACAGUCAUGUUCUAUGAUGGAGUGGAAUUUA